ACUAGUUUCUCUGGGCAUGAGGCUAUAAGACCAGUUGCCGGAAUAAUUGCUUGAACCCAACUCAUUCCUGCAAUGGCUUUUCUUCUUCUUCUUCGCCACCUUCUUGCUUCCUUACUAAUUCUGCUACCAAUUUCUGCUGUUGCUCAAAAUUUUAACGGUAACAUAACCGUCGGCAGUUCUCUCACUGCAACCGACAACAGCUCUUCAUGGCUAUCUCCUUCUGGCGAUUUUGCCUUCGGGUUUCGUCCACUCAACGACAAGGAUGAUCUCUUCCUCCUUGCCAUUUGGUUUGCCAAUAUACCCGACAAAACCGUAGUUUGGUAUGCCACCGGCGAUACGUUUACGCCGGCACCGAGGGGAUCAAAAGUGGAGCUAACCGCCGACGAUGGGCUACUGCUUACAAGCCCUCAAGGCGAACAGUUAUGGAAACCCGAGACCUUAAUUGGUACUGUCGGCUAUGGGGUUCUGAACAACACAGGCAACUUUGCUCUCCAAGGUAGCAACUUUAACACGAUAUGGGAGAGCUUCCAGAAUCCCACUGAUACUUUGUUGCCUACGCAAAUCAUGGAAAGAGGAGGGGUGGUUUCUUCUCGACAAUCAGAAACCAGCUUUUCCAAAGGAAGAUUUCAGCUCCGUUUGCAACAGGAUGGGAAUCUUGUGCUUAAUACCAUAAACCUUCCCACCACAUAUGCUAAUGAAGCCUAUUAUGCUAGUGGCACUAUUGCUGAUUCUGCUUCUAAUUCGUCAAGUCCCGGCAGACAAUUGCUGUUCAACGAGUCAGGGUAUAUUUACAUUUUGAGAGAGAAUGACCAAAUAUUCUCUUUAUCACAGGGAAAGGUAGGCUCAGCUGAUGAUUUCUAUUUUAGAGCCACUCUUGACUUUGAUGGAGUUUUCACGCUAUAUUCUCACCCAAGAAACUCCAGCAGCAAUCAAAGCUGGGCUCCUCUCUGGUCUGAACCAGAUAAUAUCUGUCUCUCCAGUUUGGUUAGUUCAGGCAGCGGCGUUUGUGGGUAUAACAGUAUCUGUACGCUCACGGCAGAUCGAAGGCCUGCGUGUGAUUGCCCCGGUGGAUAUUCUUUACUCGAUCCGAGUGACAGGUAUGGCAGCUGCAAGCCGGAUUUCAUACAAGGCUGUGAAGAAGAUAAGCUGAGCAGUAGUUCUCCUACAGCAGAUCUUUAUGAUUUUCAAGUGCGAUUAAAUACAGAUUGGCCCCUCUCUGAUUACGUGCUGUUGAAGCCUUCCACUGAAGAGCUCUGCAGAAAAUCUUGCAUGGAAGAUUGUAUGUGUGCUGUUGCCAUUUUCAGAGCAGGCGAUAGCUGUUGGAAGAAGAAGCUGCCUCUCUCAAAUGGGAGAGUGGACAGCGGCCUUAACGGUGGGAAGGCUCUUAUCAAAAUCAGAAAAGAUAACAAUUUCACCGUGCUGGAUUCUCUCUCUGCAGCUGAUAACUCUUCAUGGCUUUCUCCUUCCGGUGAUUUUGCCUUCGGAUUUCGCCAACAAAACAACUCAGAUUUCUUCUUGCUCGCCAUAUGGUAUGCCAAGAUACCUGACAGAACCAUAGUUUGGUGCGCAAAUGCAGAUCAACUUGCUCCAAGGGGGUCAAAAGUGGAGCUAUCUGCAAGUGGGCUCGUGCUUACUAGCCCUCAAGACGGAGAGUUAUGGAAAUCUGUCUCAUCUGAUCAGACCCUUACUGGGGUUGUUGCCUAUGCUGUAAUGAACGAUACAGGAAACUUUGUGCUCAAAGAUACCAACUUUAACAAUCUCUGGGAAAGCUUCCAGAAUCCUACUGAUACGAUGUUGCCUACUCAGAUCAUGGAAUGGGGAGGGAUACUCUUAUCAUCCCGACAAUCAGAGACCAAUUUCUCCAAAGGAAGAUUCCAGCUACGUUUCAUUGAUCAAGAAGGUAAUGUUGUGCUGAAUACCAUAAAUUUUCCCACCAUUGAACCUGCUCUGCGUUAUUAUGAAAAACAGAGCAUUGAUGUUGAUUCUAAUGCAUCAAGUCCCGGUAGGCAAUUGGUGUUCAAUGAGUCAGGCUACAUAGAAAUCAUCAAACAGAAUCAGGAACGUAUCAAUCUCACCGAGGGAAUAAGGAUCCCAACUGGGGAUUCUUAUUUUAGAGCAACUCUCGAUUUUGAUGGAAUUCUCUCUGUAUUUUCUCACCCAAAGACUUCCACAGGCAAUGGAAGCUGGGAUCCUAUUUGGGUAGAACCAGAGAAUAUUUGCACGGCUAUUUUAGUUGAUGAAGGUCCUGGUGCUUGUGGGUUUAACAGCAUCUGCAACCUCAAACCAGAUAAAAGGCCAAGAUGUGAAUGCCCAAAAGGGUAUUCGUUACUCGAUCCAAAUGAUCCCUACGGAAGCUGCAAGCCAGACUUCAUACAGGGAUGCGAAGAAGAUGAAGUUAGUGCCAAAAAGGAUCUUUAUUAUCUAGAGGUACUAAACUUUACUGAUUGGCCGAAAUCAGAUUACCUUAAGUUGAAGCCUUUUAGUGAAGAGAAUUGCAGAAGUUCUUGCUUGCAAGAUUGUAUGUGUGCUGUUUCCAUAUUCACAGAUGGAAAUACCUGUUGGAAGAAGAAGCUACCACUGUCAAAUGGGAGAUUCACCAGCGGUUUUACCGGCACGGCUUUCAUCAAAGUUAGGAAAGAUAAUUCCACACUGACUGGUCCUUUCCCGAAUCCGGGCAAUGAGCCAGUGCCAAAGAAGGACCAGGACGAUUUGAUACUUGCAGGGUCGGUGCUUCUGGGUUGCUCUGUUCUUGUUAACUUUAUAUUGAUUGGCACUACUUGUCUUGGUUUUUUCUUCAUUUACAAGAAGAAAAUUAUAAAAAGUAACCGUAAUGGUAGUGUGGUGGAAAUGAAUUUGCAUUCUUUUACAUACAAAGAGCUUGAAGAAGCUACAAAUGGGUUCAAGGAAGAACUGGGAAGGGGAGCUUUUGGUAUUGUUUACAAAGGAGCAAUAAAGAUGGGUUCUGAUUCCGAUGUCCUUGUGGCGGUGAAGAAGCUACAUAUUGUUGCACCAGAGAGAGACAAUGAAUUCAAAGCUGAAGUGAACGUAAUUGGUAAGACACAUCACAAGAAUCUGGUCAGGCUGAUUGGAUUCUGUGAUGAGGGGCAGCAACGGUUGUUAGUAUAUGAGUUACUCAGCCAUGGAACUUUAGCAGGUUUCCUUUUUGGAGACUUGAAACCAAAUUGGAAGCAAAGAAUCCAAAUUGCUUUUGGGAUUGCUAGAGGACUCUUGUAUUUACACGAAGAGUGUAGCACCCAGAUUAUCCAUUGCGACAUAAAGCCUCAGAACAUACUCCUUGAUGAAUAUUACAAUGCUCGAAUUUCUGACUUUGGAUUGGCAAAGCUUUUGAUGAUGGAUCAGAGCCAAACUCAUACUGCCAUUAGAGGAACAAAAGGGUAUGUUGCGCCCGAAUGGUUUAGGAACAUGCCAAUCACAGUUAAAGUUGAUGUGUACAGCUUUGGUGUCAUGCUGCUUGAGAUCAUUUGUUGUCGGAGAAGCGUGGAUAUGGAGUCUGGCGAGGAGUACAAAGCAAUUUUAACAGAUUGGGCUUAUGAUUGCUUUCAAGAAGGAACAUUAGAUGUUCUGGUAGAAUAUGACAGGGAGGCCAUGGAUGACAUGGAGAAGGUGGAGAGGUUUGUGAAGGUUGCCAUUUGGUGUAUUCAAGAAGAUCCAUCUCUUAGGCCCAUUAUGAGGAAGGUUAUGCAGAUGCUUGAAGGAGUUGUUGAUGUACCGAUUCCACCAUGUCCAUCUCCUUUUACUACUACAACUACAAUGAUUCGAAACCAGAAUUCAUCAUACUAAAGAGAUAGAGCUCUUUGUAUGUUGGGUAAUAUCAUUAAUUAUUGCUGAUCGUCCAAUGCUUAAUUAGAAUAAGUUUGUGUGAAGUUUUGCAAUCUUUUCUCAGGCAAAGUAAUUUGUAAUUUGCUCCAUCCUGAUAAUUCUGUUUUACAUUUUAGUUUGUUAAUAUAUGAGGAAGAGAUCUUUAUUA